AUGAAUGCAUUCACCUAUAACUUCGCUUCAAAUAAUCGCGAGCAAAUUUACAUGGUCGAAACUCAUCGCGCAAGAACCUUUUUCCCUGAAAUUGUCAAUGUAAGUAUUAGUUUUUGUACUUCAUAUGUUCUUUUUUGUUGAUUGGCCUCAUUUUUAGAAAUAGUAUUUUCUCGUAUUCAUAAAAAUGUUCUUUUGGAUUUUCAGCGUACUUCAAUCCCAGAAGAAAUGGACAACGUCAAGGCUACCACUGAACAACUCCGUGUUGAGGCUCAAAUCGUUCGCAAGAAGGUUUCCGAAGUCUCCAAGGAGUAAGUUGGAAGAACAAUUUUUCAGGAUCUUGAAAGAUAAUAAUUCCAAUUUUCAGCUUGAUGGAAUACUGUGAGAAGAACAAGGCUGGAGACAUGCUUGUUUCGGGACCAACUGAUCAACACAAUCCAUUCCAAGAAAAGAAGAGCUGCAGCAUGCUCUAA